AUGUAAAAUAAGGUGACUUUCAAGAUAGUAAAUACUUCAGACCCAAAUUUGGCCUUCAGAACAGUAUCCGUGCCUUAGGAAGCUCCAUUUAGUGCGGUUGUCAAAUAUGUGGCUGAAGAGUUUAAAGUGAAUCCAGCAACAAGUGCCAUAAUAACAAAUGCAGGGACAGGAGUGUCACUUCAAUAGACAUCGGGCAAUGUGUUUUUGAAACAUGGUUCAGAAUUGAAGAUCAUCCCAAGAGAUCGUGUGGGUAAUUGUUGA